CCGCACUCCGCAGCACCGCUAGAACGAAAACCAACCUUGACAAUCUACUCCGCAUUACUUUUGUUAGGUGCGUGUGUGUUACAAAAUAUAUCAGAACUUCGUACUUGUUUUCUGAACAAACAAGCGUUUAACAGUUCUUGCAUAAUAAUUCAACAUGUAUGAACUCACCAAAGGAGCGUUAGACCAAAUCAUGAAUGGUGUAGAGGUUGAAAAACCUAUCCUCCAAAUAUUGGGUCACAAAAAAUUAGCAUCAGCAAGUUCACAGGAGCGCUUUCGGCUCCUGGUUUCAGACGGUGUCAGGAUAAACUCAUAUGCUAUGCUGGCCACACAGCUUAAUUCAUUGAUCAAUGAUAACGAACUCACAGAAUUCUCCGUGUGCCAAAUCAAUCGAUAUGCUAUCAGCAUGGUCAAUAACUCUGGAAAACAAAAGCGAGUAAUGGUCAUACUCAGUAUCGAUGUGAAAGUCCCAGGCUCUGAAGUUGGUGAAAAAAUAGGAAAUCCUACACAGCAAGACGGGCCUCAGCAAAAUGGAGAUGCUAGUUCUGUUGCCCCAGCAGCUACAUCUUCAACUGAAAGGAGCGGUUUACCAAAUAGUCGUUCUAUACAGCAGCAAAAAAAUACCAACCUUAAUGAUACACUCUCUACUGGUCGUGGUGUCGCAACAACACCAAUAACCGCCUUGAGCCCAUAUCAGAAUAGAUGGGUGAUCAGAGCCAGAGUUGCAAGUAAAUCUCCAAUCAGAACAUGGAGUAAUUCCCGUGGUGAAGGUCAGUUAUUUUCAAUGACUCUAGUGGAUGAAAGCGGGGAGAUCAACUUCACUGCAUUCCGAGAGCAAUGUGAAAAAUUUUACUCUAUGCUCGAGAUCGGUAAAGUUUACUACCUAUCACGGUGUCAGCUUAAGCCAGCAAAUAGACAGUACAGCAAUGUGAAAAAUGAAUAUGAAAUGACAGCAACAGGUGAGACAGAGAUUGUUCCCUGUCAUAAUGAAAUCGAAGACAUCCCUCAUGUCACGUUCGAUUUUUCACCAAUCCGUGAAAUUGAGACCAUGGAGAAGAAUGGUAUCAUUGAUGUACUCGGUGUUUGCAAAUCGUGCACCGAUGUCACAACGUUGUUGUCCAAAGCUACGAGAAAAGAGCUUAAAAAACGCGAUGUCAAUCUCAUUGAUGAAAGCAGCACAAUGGUUACCCUCACGUUAUGGGGUACUCAAGCAGAAGAAUUUGAUGGGACUACUAAUCCUAUAGUGGCAAUAAAGGGCGCACGUAUUGCAGAAUUUAAUGGUGGAAAAACACUCUCAUGCUUGAAUUCGUCAGUCUUGCAGUUUGAUCCUGACAUUCCAGAAGCUCAUAGGCUACGGGGUUGGUACAACACAACCGGGUGCAAUGAAACAGUAAAUACAAUCUCCAAGACAUUGGGUGGUCUCGGUGGGGGAUUGAACGGGCCAUGGUUGACUUUCAAGGAAGCUAAAAGUCAGCAGCUAGGAUGCGGAGAAACCCCCGACUACUUUGUAGCUAAAGCUACAAUUAAUAUGAUAAAAAUAGAAAAUGCACUGUAUGCAGCCUGCCCAAGUGAAAAUUGCAAUAAAAAAGUGGUGCUUCAUGACGAUAUGUAUCGAUGUGAAAAAUGCGACAGAGUAUACCCCAACUUUAAAUAUCGACUCCUAGCUAACUGUAAUCUGGCAGACUGGACAGAUCAUCAAUGGGUGACGACAUUCAACGAACAAGGGGAAAAGAUUUUUGGAUUGACUGCACAAGAACUCGGGGAACUACAGGAAAGUCGCAACGACGAAUUCACUGAAAAAUUUAGUUCAGUUGCAUUCCAAUCUUACAUCUUUAAAUUCCGGCUGAAAAUGGAGAGCUACAACGACGAGAAUAGAUUGAAGGCUACUGUGGUAACCAUGGUAUCCCUGGAUUUUAAGACCUACAACACUCACCUGAUCACGCAAAUCAAGGAACUUGCCAAUAUCGCUAAAGCACCAUAAGUGUGCAACCGAAAAUUCGUAUGAGAUACCUGAAAACGUGAUUGUUAUUUUGUAAUACCUUGAUUACGUUUUCAGAUAUAUAACGAAAUUUAUUAAUACUUCCGUUAUUCAGUUACAAAUAGUCUUAUAAAAUACUUUUGCGUAUCAUUAAGUAUACUUUUGCUAAAGUUAUUCGCGAAAUUUGUUUACUUCAUUCAGUAUUAGUGAUACAAAGAAUAUUUUUUUAAAGUUUAUAAUGUUUGAGCUACCUAUGAGCUAUUAUGUUAUUGUGGAUAAAUAAUAAUUACGAAAUUCUCAAUAUAA